AUGGCCUGUCCUAUGAGGUCGGUGAUGGACGACUCCGCCGCACAAGACGGUAGCCAUCUAGGCAAUGAAUCCGGAAUGCUAUACGGUGAAUAUCUGAUGCUGGACAAGCUUCUCACUUCUCAGCGCAUGCUCAGCGCCGAAUCAUCAAAACCUGUCCACGACGAACAUUUAUUUAUUGUUACCCACCAAGCGUACGAGCUUUGGUUUAAGCAGAUCAUCUUCGAAGUAGACUCUGUGCGAUCGCUACUAGACGUGGAAGGAUUAGAUGAAGGACACACCAUGGAAAUAUUGAAAAGGCUCAAUAGAGUUGUGCUUAUAUUAAAGUUGUUGGUAGACCAAGUGAUGAUCCUGGAAACAAUGACGCCUCUCGACUUUAUGGAUUUCAGGCAUUACCUGCGACCGGCAUCUGGAUUCCAGAGUCUACAGUUCCGCCUUUUGGAAAAUAAGCUCGGUCUGAAGCAGGCGCUUCGCGUCAAAUACAAUCAGAAUUAUCAGACGGUCUUCGGCGACGAUCCCGACGCAAUGGAGGCUUUACGUAAAUCAGAGGAGGAACCAGCUCUUCUAGCGCUAAUAGAGCGCUGGUUAGAACGAACGCCUGGUCUCAACACCCACGGGUUUAAUUUUUGGGGGAAAUUCCAGGCAGCUGUCAACACCAUGCUCAAAGAGGAUAUUGAGGAAGCAAUGCGUGAACCAAACGAAGUAGCCCGUCGUCAUCGAUUGCAAGACGCUGAAAAUCGUCGCGAAAUCUACCGUUCCAUUUUUGAUCCAGCUGUUCACGAUGCGCUACGUUCACGAGGAGAGAGGAGGUUGUCCUACAAAGCUCUCCAAGGGGCCAUUAUGAUCACUUUCUACCGUGACGAGCCCAGGUUCUCCCAACCUCACCAGCUGCUCACUCUGCUUAUGGAUAUAGACAGCCUCAUCACUAAAUGGCGGUAUAACCACGUGAUAAUGGUGCAAAGGAUGAUCGGCUCGCAGCAGCUUGGCACUGGCGGUUCAUCGGGCUACCAAUAUCUUCGCUCUACGCUCAGUGAUCGCUACAAAGUAUUCUUGGACCUAUUCAACUUAUCAACGUUCCUACUGCCGCGAUCGCUCAUCCCCCCUCUGGACGACGGCAUGAAACGCAGCCUCAACUUGACGUGGGGGGAGAACAUCAAGGAGAACGGCCAAAAUGGGCAAAAUGGCCUCGAGGCUUCGCUAUAG